AUGGAUACUAUAGAGUUGCAGAUGCCUGACGAGAACAUUGAUCGUGAGGCACUGAACGAGGCUUUAGGGUCCCUGUACCGAGACUCCAUGCGCAUCCCAGCCGGUCGAGUCGUUGCCAUCCUGGCCACAGCCAGCAUGCUGCAGCUGGACAAACUGAUUCAGCAGUGCGGGGAGGUCAUGAAGGAGACUGUCAGUGCCCAGACCGUGUGCAGCUACUACUACUCUGCUGAAAGCUACGGACUCCAGAACAUCAGGAGUAGGUGUCUUCAGUGGCUGCUGGACAACAUGAUGACCCAGCGUAGUCAGGAGCUAUUGCGAGAAGUCAGCCUGGAUCUCAUGAAAGAGGUCAUUGCCUCUUCAGAUCUCUUGGUGAUGGAGGUGGAGAUGGACGUGUACACCAUGCUGAAAAAGUGGAUGUUCUUGCAGCUGCAGCCGACAUGGAGGGGUCCGCACAGUGCCCUGUUGCCUGACACCAACUCGUGGUUGGCCAAGUCCAGGAGCGAGUCAGGGGGCACCCCUUUCCUGGAAACCGAGCAGGGCAGAGCCUUUGUGCCGGUGUUCCAGCAGCUGCGGCUUGCCUACAUAAUCUGGGACCUGACGUCAGCACGCAUCAUCCACCAGGAUGCGCUGAUCCCUGCCAGUUGGCUGACUCCAGUGUACAAAGAGUAUUGGCUUGCCCCAAUCCAAGCUGAGCAGACCAGAAAGCCCAUGGACUUCUACGUGUCCGAACCCCAGGGGAACAGCAUGCGGUGCGGGGGCCAGCUCCACAGGGACAAGCAGUGCAGCUGGCGGUGGGAAGGCUUCAACUUCAGCUGGGACUUGGGGGUGUGCUAUGCCAACCAGCACAUCAUUUUACGGUGGAGCACACUGAACGAGUCCUGUAGCCUCGGGGUCAGCUUACUCUGGCAGAAAAAGGUCGCGUUCCGCCUGCGCCUGUCCUCCGUGGACAGGGCUGGGAUAGCCAUUUUCAGGAAGGACACAGGAUACCAGAUGCUUUCCCUGAGAAAGGAUCAAGAGCUAGAGGUAGUGAACCUGGAAAACCAAGACGUGCUUUUCCCCAUAUAUGUGUCUCUUAACUUCCUGUUCCUCCAUCGACCGGGGCGUUGCCCAGAGGGAGGACUCCUGCAAAAUAGCUCAGAGAACUAA